CCUCUCCCGCCGCACGCCACGACGACGUACGCGGCAGAGAGAGCCAACUUUCAGAAUCGCUUUUUUCCUCGCGUGGGUUGGUCCGCCGUUGCGGUCGCGGCGUUACGGCGAGCGGUACUACUAGUGGUGGUCGCUUGUGGCCUGUUGCGCCACGACAGCAACUCCUUCGCCGGACCAAACACCGAAGGCACUGUUCCUUCCCAGAACUCUGCAGCUCCUACCUACUUUCAACCGGCGCCGACGGCGGCUGCAACAGGUGAAACCGGCGGUGGACAGCGAGGGAGCGAAGUAAUCCCGACGGGUACCGCGAUUGUGCGAGAAGGCUGUGAUUGUGCGCUGAGGAACCUCGGCAAAGCUAAGCAGCGUCGUGCGACGACAACUGCUGAGUUUGCCGCCUGGGGAAGAAAAACAAGAAACCGAAGCCGGGCUGCCGCAGCGGCGAGCUACAACUGUGCACGGAAGGCUUUAUUUCUUUAUUUUGCCACUCGUUUUCGUACUCCAUUGUGGUCAUACUGCCCCAACGCGCGCGGUGCGGCGCGUUUUGUGUGUUGUUUUCUCGUGACUGACAUCGCGUUGCGAGCCACGUGUUCGCUCGAGACAGCGGCGCGGUUGGGGCGGCGUGCCGGCCGGCGAUGUUGGCGGUCGUGGGCCGGCGUCUCGGCGUGUAGACUUCAUCGGUGCGACGGCGGUGGCCUGACCUGGAUUUGGGACACGUUCCAGCCCCCAGCGACCGAUCAUGAGGACCAGUCCUAAGAUGGCGGCAGCGAACCUCCACAGAAGACCACGGAAGACCAGAGCAGAGCUGGGACCACUCAAUCUUUCGCGAGAAGCACGCAGCUCAACGCAGCGGCACUGAAGCACUUGACGUUUUUGCCCACUACCGCCGUCGCAACCGCAGCGAUUGCGGAAUACGUGUACAGUAUACAGUCUUUAUAGGUAGCGUCGAGCCAGUAUAUACAUAUAUCUCUCCUACCAUGACUCUCAUCAGCGGAGAUAGGCAGCGGUUCACGCGCGACGACAGCGUCUCCAGCCUGGGCACCAUGACCAACUCUCAGAGCAACGAGCCGCUCGUGGUCGGCAAGGCUCCCGUCGUUCCGGACGCGCUCGGAGUCCCCGAUGCCGACGUCGUGCACCCUCGCUCAAACGUCGCCGACGUCUCCGGCGGCGUCGGCGACGACGCGGGCGGAACCUGCGGCUGGGGCUGCCUGCGACCCCGCUGGCUGCAGCGGUUUCGCACGCCCCCCUGGGUGCUGUUCUUCCUGUGCUGGGCCGGAUUCCUGCAGGGUCUCAUCGUGAACGGCUUCGUCAACGUGGUCAUCACGACCAUCGAGCGUCGCUUCCAGCUGCGCAGCUCCGAGAGCGGCCUGGUGGCCAGCGGCUACGACAUCGCGUCCUUCCUGCUUCUGGCGCCCAUCAGCUACUUCGGCGGCACCCGAAGCAAGCCGCUGUUCGUGGGCGUCGGCUGCCUCGUGCUGGGCCUCGGCGCGCUCGUCUUCUCCAUGCCGCACUUCCUGGCCGGCACGUACGCCUUCAGCACCGAGGAGACAGCUGAGAGCCUCUGCCUGGCGGCGGCCACCGCCUCGCAGGGCUUCUGCGCCCUCAGGGAGGCGUCGGGUGGCGGCGGCGGCGGCUCCCUGAACCAGUACAAGUACAUGUUCCUCGCGGGUCAGAUGCUGCACGGCGCCGGCGCGACGCCCUUCUUCACGCUCGGCUGCACGUACCUGGACGAGAUCGUGUCCACCAAGAUGUCCUCCGUGUACAUCGGCAUUUUUUACACUAUGGCGAUCAUCGGCCCCGCACUGGGCUACAUUCUAGGCGGCCAAUUUUUGAAGAUCUACACUGACCUCUCCGUAGACGCUUCUGCCCUUGGCCUGACGCCCUCCAGCGGGGUCUGGGUUGGAGCCUGGUGGAUCGGAUUCGUCGUGUCCUCCGUGACUGCAAUCCUGGCCGCCAUCCCCAUCAGUGCCUUUCCGAAGGUCUUGCCAGGUUCGCUGAAGCUGCAGGCUCAGAAGAAGUCCGAAAUGCACCAGAAACUGCAAAAGAGCGAAGCCGUGCAAAGUGGCUUCGGCGCCAGGGCCAAGGAUCUUCCGGCCUCGUUCAAGAUACUCAUCACCAAUCCGACAUUUGUGUUCCUAAGUCUGGCAGGAGCGACCGAAGGCAUGCUGGUGUCUGGCCUGGCGACAUUCCUUCCGAAAGUGAUCGAGUUCCAGUUCAGCAUUGCAGCCAGCUUAGCAGCUCUAAUAAUGGGUGCGGUGACUGUUCCAGGCGCUGGUGGAGGCACGUUUCUAGGAGGCUACUUCGUCAAGAGGUUCAACCUACGCUGCUCUGGUAUCAUCAAGAUGUGCAUCCUCUGCUCCCUUGUGCCACUCGUCACUAUCUUUGCCUUCUUCUUCAGCUGCCCAAACGUCAGAUUUGCGGGUGUCAAUUACAAAACAAACAACCUUACUGUGGGAAUCGACCGCUUUCUCAACGAAUGCAACAACCAGUGCCACUGCCAAAUAGAAGACUUUGACCCGAUCUGCGGAACAGACCACGUCAUGUACUACUCAGCGUGCUUUGCUGGCUGCCAAAAAGUCCAUCACUACGGAUCAACGAAGGUGUAUGAGGACUGCCGCUGCAUCGAUCAUCCGGGUCGAAACGUAACACUGGAAGGCAGGCAGGUGACCAUCCAGGCGGAGCGGGACAAGUGCCCCAGCGAGUGCAACUUCCUUGUGUUCUUCUUGAUUGCUAUGUUCAUCUGCAUGGUCUUCACAUUCCUGGUCAGCAUGCCAUCCCUGGCUGCCACACUCAGGUGUGUUGCAGCUAGCCAGAAGUCUUUUGGUCUCGGUAUACAAUGGAUUACGGUGCGGUUAUUAGGAACCAUUCCAGCCCCGAUCUUGUUUGGCUUCCUCAUCGACCAGAGCUGUGUGCUGUGGCCUGGCUCAUGUGAUGACGCAGGCGCAUGUGCGGUCUAUGAGAAUGGCCAGAUGGCACGGAACUUGCUUGCACUGCUGGCCACCGUAAAGUUCCUCUCAUGCCUAUUCUUCUUCCUCUCGUGGCUCCUGUACAAGGCACCCGAAGGUGGGGAUGAUGAUGGUGACGUCAUGGCGGAUGAGAAAGAAAAGUGUGGUGUCUCCACCAUCAAGCAGGAAAAGGUUGUGACAGCCCCAUACAAGUCAGCCACAAAUGGCUCAGUGGCGACAGAGCAGCAGCAACAAAACCAUCACAACAGUGACAGCAGCACAUGGUUUUGAACACUGCCAAGAGACAAAGACUACAAGUAGCAUGGCUCUGUAGGGCAUAGUGAGGUUCGCCAUCGUGAUGUGCACAUGGAAUCACAGUAUGAGCUUUUUCGCUGUGUCCCCAACUUCCCACUUUUGGCAUGAACUCCAACGUGAGGUGAAAGCUUCAAGUGUCUGUUUAAAGCACCCAUUCCUGGCAAAUUUCCUGUAAUAGAGAGCUUGGAUUCAGUGCAUACCCCAUAUCUCGUAUGUAACUUCAGUCCUAUAGAGGGGUAAGCUGGUGCCAGCUGGCAGGCUUUUAGUGACCAGUUAUGAGAAGUGCAACACUAGGCUUUUCAUUGUUCCCAUUGCAAGAAACCCUGAAUAGCACUAGCACAAUACUGUUUGCCUCUGUGCCAAGCUGGCGAGCAACAUCCAUCUUUUGCAAGUGCUGAACUGCCAUAUGUACUUGAAGGAUCUUCACAGAAGUCACCACAUGCGAACUAUGAAUUCAGCAAAUGAAUGUUGCAACUGACACCAUGAAACACCAUUGUAUGCCAAACAUCAGCUAUGUCCUCUUUCUCAGCAUCUGUCCAUAAUAGCACCAAGCCCAAUUGUCUACAGCCUUCCUGUCAACACUCAUCAGUUUGUACUAUAAAAAUUUAGAGAAAAGCUCAUACUCUGAUUUGUGCACAUCCGUGUGAUGUUCCAAGUUCAAGAAGAGGUAGCUGCAGCAUACAGACUACCUACAGGAUUUCAGCAUCUGAAAGCUUUGCGAACUUCUUGGAUGUCUGAGCCUUUGUGCAAUUUUUAUGCUCGAGUGAAGCAUAGCUUCAGCAGCACAGACAUGGGAUUCUCAGAGUAUGUUGUGCAAGUCCUCAAGCAAGUGAUGCCAUGUGAGUGUGUGUGAACUGUGAAUCUACGGUAUGCUAGGCAGGGUGCAGAUGCCACUGACUGACAUCACGUCUCGUGUUGAAGUGGUCAAACAAAGGGACCUGUUUUAGUGCAGCGGUGGACAGUGCUGCUUCAGCAAAACAAGCACUAGAACUUAAUCAUGAAUACAAUGAACUGUUCUGAGUGCCUGUUCUUUGCAGAUUUCCUGUGCUCUUUGUGGCAAUACCCAUAGUAAAUUGGUGGGGCAACAUAUCUGUCGAUUUGUAAGAGCGUUUGCACUUACGUACUGUGCGCACAAACUGACACGUGAACAAAGCAUGUCGGAAAGCUUGCACUCAUUGUUUCUUUUUGAAAGUGCACAGAAUGUGAAGCUGUUUCGAAAUGAAUUAAUUACCAUUAUUUGCACUAAAGCUAGAAAGCUCAUCAACAUAUGCUGCAAGACUCACUGCAAAGUAGACAGUGCCCUCAAUUGCUAAUAGCAGACUUACUCACAGUGCAACUAUGCUGAGAACAUCUAGUUCUAGUGUUAUUAAACACUAUUCUAAAGCAAUUUUUUUUACGGCCACUCCUGCUGCGGAAUACAAAAACACCCUUGUACAUAGCUUUCGUGCCUGUAAAGAACCAGGUAGGACAAAUUACUCCAGAGCCCCGUGGCAUCUUUCAUAGCCCAAGUGCAGCUUUGGAAUGUAAAACAUUAUCAGUUAUCAUAUAGUACUAUACUGAAUCAAAUAGCACUAAUGCUAUUCCUAAAACAAGGAGUUCCCAUUCAUUUAACCCCUGAACAAGCACAUAGGGCCAGGCAGUUUUGAAAUUACGUAUUUAAAUUCUUGCUGAAAAGUGUGUUGGCAUUCCAUAAACUCUCCAUAAAGUUUGACAUGACAUUUAGGAAAAAGAUAAUGUGCAAAACAGACAAGAAUGAGAGGCAGAGACACAGACUAGCACAAGCUUUCUACGAAUUUUAUUUCCAUCAGACUUGUCAAUAUUAGCACAUUAGCACACAAAUGUGCAAUAAGGCCGCCCACAUUCACUAUGGAAAAAAAAUAACAUUGAAAUAUGUACAAGAUAAUGACAUCACUUCCUUAUUUUCCACAUUAAAUGUGUGCUUCCUUUUUGCACAUGUGUGACAAUGUGCUUAUAUUGACAAGUCUGACGGAAAUAAAAUUAGUUGAAAGUUUGCACUUGUCCGUGUCUCUGCCCUCUUGUCCUUGUCUGUUUUACACAUUACCUUCUUCCUAAGCAUUAUGAAUCAACUGCACAGCAACAAGUUUUAUUGAAAAUUUAUAUGAUAGUAAUUUUACAGAAUAUCAGUGCUUUGAGAGUAUGGAGCAUAAGAACCUCAUGGCUUAGUGCUCCUUCGCUACUUCUGUGAUACUGAAUCCGGUGACAUUUAUUUCACUCAAUGACGGGAGCCAAAGCUAACAUGUUAACGGACUUAGUGGGCUUGUCACUAACACUCCCACUUUUCCUGUCCAUUCUCUAAUGCUCCCAAAGUUUAUUUAGAAUAUAACUCUGUCUGUGUCCAUCAGCUCUCGCAUUAUGAUUUGGCUUUUGGUGACAUUCCUUAAUACUGCCAAAUCUUUUGUGUGUCUCAAAAUAAUGCUGCUAAUGUCUUUUGAGGGAUAUGUGAGCGUCCAUGUGGAAAUGAUUCUAUUGAGCACUUUACCUUCACAUGCAUGACCUUGUAAUGUUCACUUGAGAGUAUAUCGACUGAGUGGCACUGCAAAUGUUUGCAUUUGCAUUGGCUUUGUGCACCUGAGUUGAACACAAACUGAAUUGUUAUUGCAUCAAAUGACAGAUGCCACAACUUUUCUGCAAGUAACUUGCCAAUUGAUUUUGGGGUUCCUUUAUGUAAGUGCAAAGUCAACGACCUGUGGAAGAAAAACAUUGCCAUGUGGAGGCAUGAUUGUGUGUCUCUACCAUGACCUUUCAAACAAAAAGACAAAGCAGCACUUUUGUUCAAAGCAGAUCGUGAACUAGCAGAACAUUGUCUAAUAAAUCUGGUUUCUUAUUAGUAGAUACAGCACGACAUCACAUUUGUAUACUCCCCAUGCCUCCUACAUCAGUGAGUAAAGACAUCUUGCUUUCUAUGGUUCUGUACAGAUGAGUUGCUUUCUGGGCAAAUUUUUGAUAAACAUUACAAAGCCAG